GAUUUGUAUGAAAAAGAAAGUAAUCAAAGCGGAAAUUAAUCCUGAUGGAAAGGGAAGUUUCAAAGUGUUUUGUGAUAUGACAACAUCAGGUGGAGGAUGGACUGUAUUUCAACGUCGUCUUGAUGGAAGUGUUGACUUCUACCGAGGAUGGCAAGAUUACAAACAAGGUUUUGGUAACUUGAGCGGAGAAUAUUGGCUUGGUCUUGACAAAAUACACAUGAUGACAAUUAUUUCACAAAAUGAACUUCGUAUCGACAUGGAAGAUACAUCUGGGAACACCAGAUACGCUCAUUACGAUUCAUUUAAUGUCAGCAGUGAAAAUGAGAAGUACAAGUUGAAUGUUGGAGGUUAUAAUGGUACAGCAGGAGACUCGUUGAAAAAACAUGACGGUAUGGCUUUCAGCACCAAAGAUUCUGACAAUGAUAUUGGCAGGGCUAACUGUGCAGUGUCAUUCAAAGGAGCCUGGUGGUAUCGUGCUUGUCAUGAUUCAAAUUUGAAUGGUUUGUAUCAUUAUGGCGAUCACAAAUCGGAUGGUGAUGGAGUCAACUGGAGACAUUGGAAAGAUCAUUAUUAUUCUCUGAAAUCAACAUCAAUGAAGAUACGACCACGUGAAUUUGGAAAGAGGAAAUAA